AUGCUAGGAGUAUCCCGUUUCACGCAAAUGAGGGAUGGGAUUCGAAGUUCUCUCCUACGUCAACGAUCAAAGAUUAGAGACGCCGCCGCGUUUGCCAAGGAAAGUAAAAUAAGGUGGGCCGGACACGUGAUGCACUUCUAUGACAACCGUUGGACCAGAGCCGUGAGCGACUGGGUUCCCCGCGAUAUUAAGCGCACUACAGGAAGACCGCCGACCCGAUGGUCAGAUUUCUUCACGAAGUCCUUCAAAGAAAAAUAUGAUGCUCUUCGUGUCCCACGCGAAAGGAGGAACCAGUGGGCUACUCUGGCACGCGAUCGGGACAAAUGGAAGAAUUACUGGCGCCCGCUUGACCAGUUCGAAGAUCAACGGGAGUCAAGGUGA